CCUGGGCAGAGCUGAACUUUCCGGAGCCGCCGCGCAGCGCCCCGCCUCCUGCGUCCCGGGGCGGUCUCUGUCGCCAGAGGAGCCAGGCCGGGGUCGGGGCGGGGACAGGGCGGGGACACGGCUGCCUCCAGCACGCCGCGCGCUGGGCGCUCAGAGCCUCGGACGCGGCGGGAGCUCAGUUAGAGCCAUCUCCCGCGCCCCGAGGUUGCUCCUCUCCGAAGUCUCCCGCGGCCCAAGUUCUCCGCGCCCCGAGGUCUCCGCGGCCCGAGGUCUCCGCCCGCACCAUGAGGCUGGGCAGUCCCGGACUGCUCUUCCUGCUCUUCAGCAGCCUUCGAGCCGAUACUCAGGAGAAGGAAGUCAGAGCGAUGGUAGGCAGCGACGUGGAGCUCAGCUGCGCUUGCCCUGAAGGAAGCCGUUUUGAUUUAAAUGACGUUUACGUAUAUUGGCAAACCAGUGAGUCGAAAACCGUGGUGACCUACCACAUCCCGCAGAACAGCUCCUUGGAAAACGUGGACAGCCGCUACCGGAACCGAGCCCUGAUGUCACCAGCCGGCAUGCGGCGGGGCGACUUCUCCCUGCGCUUGUUCAACGUCACCCCCCAGGACGAGCAGAAAUUUCACUGCUUGGUGUUGAGCCAAUCUCUGGGAUUCCAGGAGGUUUUGAGCGUUGUGGUCACACUGCACGUGGCAGCAAACUUCAGCGUGCCCGUCGUCAGUGCCCCCAACAGCCCCUCCCAGGAUGAGCUCACCUUCACAUGUACAUCCAUAAACGGCUACCCCAGGCCCAACGUGUACUGGAUCAAUAAGACGGACAACAGCCUGCUGGACCAGGCUCUGCAGAAUGACACCGUCUUCUUGAACACACGGGGCCUGUACGACGUGGUCAGCGUGCUGAAGAUCGCGUGGACCCCCAGCGUGAACAUUGGCUGCUGCAUAGAGAACGUGCUUCUGCAGCAGAACCUGACUGUCGGCAGCCAGACAGGAAAUGACAUCGGAGAGAGAGACAAGAUCACGGAGAAUCCAGUCAGUACCGGCGAGAAGCACGUGGCCACGUGGAGCAUCCUGGCUGUCCCGUGCCUGCUUGUGGCCGUGGCGGUGGCCAUAGUCUUGGUGCUCAGGGGCCGAUGGCUCCAAGGCAGCUAUGCAGGUGUCUGGGCUGUGAGGCCGGAGCCAGAGCUCACUGGUCAUGUUUGACCCAGAGCUCACUGCCCGGAGCGUGGACAGGGCUUCUGUGAGACGCCACCAUGAGAGGCCAGGUGGCAGCUUGAGAAUGGACUCUCAGACUGCAGGGGAACACUUGGGGCAGCCCCCAGAAGGACCACAGCUGGAUCCCAGGGAGAACCUGCUGGCAUUGGCUGUGAUCCUGGAAUGAAGCCCUUUCAAAAGCGUCAUCCGCACCAAAGGCGAAUGUCCCCAAGUGAGUGGGCUCCCUGCCGUCACUGCCAGUCACCCACAGGAAGGGACUGGUGAUGGGCUGUCUCCACCCGGAGCGUGCAGGAUUCAGCACCAGGCUCUUCCCAGUACCCCAGACCCACUGUGGGUCUUCCCGUGGGAUGCGGGAUCCUGAGACUGAAGGGUGUUUGGUUUAAAAAGAAGACUGGGCGUCUGCUCUUCCAGGACGGCCUCUGUGCUGCUGGGGUCAUGCAAGGCUGUUUGCAGGGACACGGUCACAGGAGCUCUUCUGCCCUGGACGCUCCCAACUUGCCUCCCACCCGGAGGCCACAGGACCAACGCAUGUGUGUGCCCACAAGUGUAGACAGCCGUCCACACUGAGGAGCCCCCGAAGUCCCCACUGGGCUUCAAUGUCCUCUGCCACAUUCCCUGGGAGGAACAAUGUCCCUCGGCUGUUCUGGUGAAAAGUCGAGCCGCCGUUGGAAGAGGCAUGGGUGGAGUUUGCCAGAAGAAAGGCGGUGCCAGGGCCUUGUUUGGCCAGCUGCAGAGGCUGCCAGGGCUCUUGGCUCUGCAGCGAGAAAGACACAGCCCAAGAGGGCUGGAGACACCCAUGUCCAGCAGUCGCAGGCCUGGCAACACGGUCCCCAGAGUCCUGAGCAGCAGUCAGGUGCAUGGAGAGGGUAUCACCUGGUAGCCACGGUCCCCCUUCUCACCUCAGCAAUGAUCCCCAAAGUGAGAGGUGGCUCCCCCGGCCCCCACCACCCUCAGCAGCCCCACCCCACUCAACCCUGAGGGUCCCCAGGGUCCAGAUGAAGACCUCCGACCCCAGCGCCAGGCUCCUCAGAGCCCAACAGUCCCAAGGGGGCAGGAGACGGGGUGGCCCAGUGCUGAGGGGUACAGCCCUGGGCCCUGACCAGCCCUGGCACCUGCCAUGCUGGUGCCCAGAAUGAAUCAGCUGCUGACUGUCUCCAGAAGGGCUGGAAAGGAUGCUGCCAGGUGACCCGGGGUGUACUUGCCCCAGGGAGAUGGAGUAGACGGCCUGGCCUGGCCCUCGGGACACACUGUCUGCCCCAGGGCUAUGGGCAAACGUCCCUCCUUGUUACUUCCCAGAGUCCCCUGACAUUCCCAGGGUCAGCCAGGACCUGUUAUAGCCUGGUCACUUGGAACUGACAGCUGUGAGAGGCCUGCACUUCUCAGACCCAGACUUAGAACAAAAGGAGGAGUGAGGACUCAUGGUUACAAUGAGGUUCCAGUACUUGUUACAAGAAAUUGGUUUUCUACAAAAACAGUCCCUACCUGGGCCUUUAAGUGAAUGUGGGAUCCACUCCCGCUUUUAACAUGAAAGCAUUAGAAGAUGUGUGGUGUCUAUAAAA